AACUCACCGUUGAAAUACUAUGCUAUGUACGUGAUUGAUGAGGGGAAUGACAUACCUGGAAUUCUAAUACACUCUUCAGUUGGCAUGACUCUGUUCAAUAUCAGUAAUGUGUAGAGCUUUUGAAACUAGAAAGUGUUCACCUUUUCUGUCUUUAUUUUUUCACAUGUUAUUUUUGCGCAAGUUUGUGAAGUUAAAUGAGGGAGAGUGAGAGUAUUUUUUAUCUAUACUGCCAGAACUGGGUUAUAAAAUAGGGUUUCAGUGGUAUUUAUUUCGUGAUUAAUGAUCCCCGGCAUUGGCGCUAUAUCGUGCGUACUAUUGAUCUACUCAACAUGGCGGCUGUGGGAAAAAUUUUAGCCCGAAUUUCUGUGCCAAAGUUUGGUGUGCGUCAUUGUUCCAGUUACAAUGCAACUAGAAAUAAUUUAAGCAUAAAUAAAAAUACGAAGGUGAUAUGUCAAGGAUUCACAGGCAAACAGGGCACAUUUCACAGCCAACAAGCCAUAGAGUAUGGAACCAACAUGGUGGGUGGAGUUUCACCUGGAAAAGGUGGACAGUCACAUUUAGGUCUCCCAGUAUUUAACACAGUUGUUGAGGCCAAGGAAGCUACGGGUGCCAAUGCUACUGUUAUAUAUGUCCCGCCACCAUUUUGUGCCAAGGCAAUAGAAGAAGCCAUAGACUCUGGAAUUUCUCUAGCUGUUGUCAUUACUGAGGGUAUACCUCAACAAGAUAUGGUUCGCGUCAAGCAAAAAUUAUUAGCUCAGGAUAAGACGAGGGUGAUUGGACCCAACUGUCCAGGAAUCAUUAAACCUGGAGAGUGCAAGAUUGGAAUCAUGCCUGGUCACAUUCACAGACCUGGGAGAAUAGGUAUUGUGUCAAGAUCUGGUACUUUGACAUAUGAAGCUGUCCACCAAACCACCCAAGUUGGCCUUGGACAGUCCCUGUGUGUGGGUAUAGGUGGAGACCCUUUCAAUGGAACCAAUUUCAUAGACUGCCUAGAAGUCUUCCUUAAUGAUCCAGAGACAGAUGGUGUUGUACUUAUUGGGGAGAUUGGAGGUCAAGCUGAAGAAAAUGCAGCAGAAUUUAUCAAGCAACACAAUGCGAAAAAUGCUAAUGUUGAGGGGUUCCAGCCUAAACCUGUAGUGUCAUUCAUUGCUGGGCUAACAGCACCCCCAGGCAGAAGAAUGGGACAUGCAGGAGCCAUCAUUGCUGGUGGAAAAGGUGGUGCUCAGGAGAAGAUCGAGGCCUUGAAAGAUGCAGGGUGUGAAGUAACAAUGUCUCCAGCUCAAAUGGGAACUACACUAUAUAAGAAAAUGGAAUCAAUGAAUCUACUAAAGAAGUGAUUUGAAGGACAAUAGUGAAUAUCUAGGGCUAGCAUACAUCAACUGAGACUUUCUUAUAAAAUAAACAUACAAACAAACAAUCAACCUACAGAUGAUGAAAUCUUAAACUACCAGGCAUUGUGUGUUUGAACAAUAUUCAUCAUUUAGUAUAUAAAGUGGAUAUAACACUAUUCUGGAGUUGUAAAUACUGUUAUUAUUUGAUUCCUCCUAGUUAUUUGUUCCGAUAGUGAAUCUUAUAUUAUUUAUGGAGAUCGGUUUGCGCUAGUGAUGACAUCUGUUAAAAUAUCUGUGAAAAAAUAUUUUAGGAGAUUAUUUCUAUUUAAUAUUGCCAACUGCUAUGUAUUAAACCUAAUGCUUGGUACAUGCCAUUGAAAACAUAGCCAAUAGUCAUAUAUGUUAAUUUGUAAUUGUUUUAUUGUACAAUAAAUGAUACAUUGAUAUGCAAUAAGUAUAAA